UACUGUGUUUUCUUCCAAUAGCACUUCCGGGUUUCGAUGUUUACAGCUGGAACCACAGGGCUGAUGAAAACCAUCCUUUCUCACAAAUACAACAUGGAUUAUAAAUUCUAGGAUUUACAUUCAUUCACGCAGCAGAGGCAGCACAGCUCACCAUCAGUUUCAACUGCAGAAUCCACACAAAGAGAAGCAAUGAAGAAAAAGAGCCGACGGCCACGGUCAUCGGACACGUCGCAUCAGACCUCGAGCGUGAGCGAAGAGAAGAGGUCGUCUGGAAGCAGGGGCAGACCUCGCAAGAACAUCCCAGCGGUCACAGAUGCAUUGUACCAUGAAAACACACAGAUGGAAAAACCAGCUGAAUACAGCGAGACGGCCGAGGACACACACAAACAUGGAGAGAGCAAGUUCAAAUCCUCAGGUCGUCUGUCCACAGCUACCUGUCGACUCUGCCAUGGUAAAUUCUCUCCACGCAGCCUGCGACACGCCUUCAACAAGUGGCCUCAAGACUCCAUACACAUCGUGGAAGACGAGUCCGAUGCUGCGACGCAGACGCCCGUUUUAUUCCACACAGACUUUCAGCGUCUGGUCGGGGUCCAGCUGGACAGAGACCCCCGUUUAUCAGAGUUUAUAUGUAAGAAGUGCCAUGCCAAGUUCUACAAGUGCCACAGCAUCCUGGUCAGGUUCCUGCAGAGAGUCAACCUCCCACCGGUUGGGAAGGACAACUCCAAAACCUGGAAGACUGCAAAGUGUGCAGAGUCAUCUGUAAAUCAUGGCUCAGCAGCUCCGCCCUCAUUUACCUCAGACCCCAAGUGCCUCCACAGUCUGGUUUCGUGGGCUCACCACCACGGGGAGGCGUGUCGCUCCUGCCCCGACCUGAAGGAGGUUCUGGAGGGUCAGUGCUGGGGCUCGGUCAAAGCCGUGUGGGGCUGCGUCGACGGACACCAAUACAUCAUGGACGCUCGGUGCGACGCAGCCGCUGGCACCAACGUAGAACACACUCUGAACUUCAGCAGCAGAACGUUAGGAAGCAGAGACGGAGACGGGUCUGAGGAGGAGGAGCACAAUGAAGAAGAGGAAGAGGAUGAAGGGAGUGGGAGGACCCCGGCAGGAAGUCUGGUUCAGCACAGUCCAGGUCCAGUCACAGCACAGAGUCAGAGUUCAGCGCUGAACGACUGGACUGGCAACGCUGAAGAUUUUUCAGGACAAGAGGAAUCUCUUGUUGCGGCUCAGAUGGAGGACAGGAUGGCAGACAGCGAGUUCUCGGACAGAGUCAUGUCUGAGGAUGAGUUUGGCAAAGGCGGAUUAUCAGAUGACGAGUUAUUCGAGCCAUACCCCGACUCCAAGAGACCUCGCAGCAAAGGACGACAGAGCCUGAAGACCCCAGAGGAGCCCAAAACCAGGAAGAAACCUGGACCCAAACCUGGAUGGAAGAACAAGUUCAAACCUAAAGGGGAGGAGCUGCCCAACAUCUACAAGUGUCCAUAUCAGGGCUGCACAGCGGUCUACAGAGCACCAGAUGGAUUGAAGAAACACAUCAGGGAGCAUCAUGAGGAAGUCCGAGAACGACCCUGUCCUCAUCCAGGCUGCAACAAAGUGUUCAUGAUCGACCGCUACCUGCAGCGUCACGUCAAACUCAUUCACACAGAGGAGAGGAACUACAUCUGUGACCAGUGUGGUCAAACCUUCAAACAGCGGAAACACCUUUCAGUUCAUCAGAUGAGGCAUUCAGGGGCCAAACCGUUACAGUGUGAGGUGUGUGGUUUCCAGUGUCGUCAGCGAGCGUCGCUCAAGUACCACAUGACCAAACACAAGGCGGAGGCAGAUCUGGAGUUCGCCUGUUUGAUUUGCGGGAAACGUUUCGAGAAGGCCCACAACUUGAACGUGCACAUGUCCAUGGUCCACCCGCUGACCCAGGUGGAGGCGCACAGAGGAAACAGCCAGCAGCAGCAGACGACCUACACAGACCUGCACACCAUCACACUGACCGGGGAGGUGGUCCAGCACGACCAGGACAGAUGACACCAGGGGGUCCGUGUCCAGGUCUGCUGCACUGGGACAUGACCCCCAGGACAGGGACACCAGGGACUCCAUGUCCCCCAGGACAGAUCACACCAGGGACUCCAUGUCCCCCAGGACAGAUGACACCAGGGGGUCCAUCUCCCCUAGGACAGGGAUGCUUCACGACAAACCGUGGUUUUCAGGAUGGUGCUGAAUUUCCCGUUUUCUUCACUAUGGUUUCACAGACAUGGAUCAGAGCUGCACCAUCAUAUGACACAACUGGAUCAAUUUAUGCCGCAACAUCGACUGAAAUAUGAACUUAAAUUUUACAAAGCCUUCUUCUGGGACGUGUUCUGAUGUUACCCUGAGAUGAUAAACCUUGAGAUGGGAAACACAAGUGUUGAGCUCCUUAACAGAUUUGUGAUACACUAUAUAGACAAAAGUAUGUGGACACGUUGAAUUCAGGCAUUUCUUCUCUAACAGGGGUCUGGGAUACUAAAC